ACCAGCCUCAAGACAAGGCAUGCUUCGCAGUCCCUGAGCGCUCGCCACGCUGCCCCCCAAAAGGCCUGGUUUUCCUCCCCUGGUUUGGUUCUGCCACCCAGCAAAGUGGACUCAAGGGAACCAGGCAGGAUGAGCACCACUGGGAUUGUCCUGAGCACCCCACUUUCGGACGAAAGCCCAGCCUUCACCCCCCUGAAGCCUGUCGCAAUGUCUAGGGAGGCCAACGAAGACCCGGCCGUCUUCGAAGACAUGAAGCCCCCCGUUCGAAUGCUGGAGAACCCACAGGAUUUGGCACAGGCUCGCUCCGAAAUGGACAAGUACCUCUCGGGCCAAGCGCUGCCGGUGCCAGCCGUGCCAGACAAGAAGUACCGCCGGGAGAGUGCCUCCGUGGUGGAUGAGUAUUUCUCCAUGGAGAAGCCGUCCUCCAUGCCCUACAGUGUGAACAUCAACGUGAUCCUGCCGGACACCACCCACCUGCGCACUGGUCUCUAUCGGCCCACCAAGCCCCUGGCGCCUUUCCCUCAGAUCAAAAUGGAGCCGGGAACCUGCUUUGCGCAGCCUUGCUCCUCCGCGGCUGGAGGGGCCACCCAGACUCUUCCGGACUUCACCAGUGUAUUCAGCAUGCCGCAGUCGGUGGCAACAAACAACAUCUUUGUCAAGCAAGAGAUGCCUUCUGAGAUCCCACUGUCUUCCAGUCUGCUUUACCAGUUGCCAGUCGGCAGCGGUGGCAGCAGCGGGGAGAUGACCACCAUGGCCCACUCCACAUGUGGCACCACCGCCAUCAGCACCAUCAAUGGGGUGGCCAUGUCCACCAGCAGCGGCUCCGGGCUGGACUCCCGACACGUCCGGCUGGGAGGGCAGGUCAAGCCGUUCCAGGUGGCGGCCUCCCCAGGGCAAAGUGGAUUCAACAUCCCUGGGGAAUUCUACCCCGUGCCAGGGGUCAGUUUGCCCCCUUCGCCCCCCAACUCCCAGCCCGGGAGCCCCGAAAACCAGCCGGAGCUGAUCAACACCAUAUCGCCUCCGCCGCCUUAUGAGGCGGCUUUUGGACUGAAGCUGGCCCCAGCGCGCCAGAUCCCAACGCUCCCCAAUGGCAUCGGGACCCUCUCCCAGGCGCACAUCGUGAUGCAGACACCUAAAUACAACCGGAGGAAUAACCCAGAGCUGGAGAAGAGACGGAUCCAUCAUUGCGACUACCCAGGUUGCACAAAGGUUUACACCAAAAGUUCACACCUGAAAGCACACCAGAGGACUCACACCGGGGAGAAGCCCUACAAAUGCACAUGGGAUGGCUGCGACUGGCGCUUUGCCCGCUCGGACGAACUGACCCGGCAUUACCGCAAGCACACCGGGGCCAAGCCCUUCAAGUGCCUGGCCUGCGGCCGCUGCUUCUCCCGCUCAGACCACCUGGCUUUGCACAUGAAGAGGCACCAGAACUGAAGAGGACAUCCUACCCUCUUCUCCUCCUCUUCCUCCGUUGCUCCCCUUUUGUACAUAGGAACCUCGACGGCCCUGCGAUCAAAGGCCACUCACACAUCUGACUCUCCCGGCUUGGCUUUGCUGAUGCCACAAAAAAUCCUGGGCAACAUCAUGGCUCUCAAAGAGAAAUGAAGUCGCGGACGGGAAGCCUCCUUCUCCCAAUUUUGUACUCCGGAGGAACGUGCUAUUUAUUUCUGCUUCUUUAAAACUAUUGUCCUCUUUUAACUUCCUGGGGAUAACCAGGCUCAGGACUUGCAGGAUGGCAACCCUUCCAUGCUUAGGGCCUGGGUCCGAAAUUUGCCUCUUUGCUCCUUUUUUGCCAGAAGUGUGUAAACAAUAUCCCUGCUAUGGUUUUUAUCCAUGGAUACUACUGACUUUAUAUGAACCAGUUUGGAGGGUGGAGGAAAUCCUUUGUUUUUGGAACUACAACACAGAGACCUAGAAUGCACUGAGAGGCCACCCUCUUGACCCAAAUGGACUCCUUUUGGGUUCUUCUACUGAAAAACUACUUAUUCUCUUUCUUCUCUCCUGCUGGCUCCUCUCUUUUGCUGGGCCUAGAUGUGGAUUUUAAAGCCUCUGUGGGAAGGACUCAUGGUUUGCCUUAAUCCUUAUGUAAGUCAGUCAUUCGGAUUGUGUCUCCCCUACCUCACAAAUAUAGGAUCAGAAGGAUGUUCUGCUGGCCCCACAAACCCCAAGGCAGAUGUGGGAUGGAGUGGCCAGUCUGGCAUCUUCUCAGGCCUUUCCAAAGUUUGCUACGGACAAGCUGACACUUCAAAUUAAACAGCAGAAAAGAGAAGAGCAAAAUCUUUCUAGUGAGAGGAACCACAUGGAAGGAGUGAUCUUCAGAAUGGGUUGAGGAAGCAGACUUGUGGGUCUCUUUUUGGCCUUUCUCUUGCAAAGGACUGGGCCACCAGCCCUCUCUGGGACACAAUCUUUGCUUCUCGUGUUUCGAUUUUGACAAAGGGCUGCCUGUCCAGCUUUGCAGCUAAAGCAUCCAGCAAGGAUUGCGCAUCAUGACUAUUGUUGUUACCGUUAUGGGCCUUCAAGUCAUUUCAGACUUUAUGGUGGCCCUAAAAGCAAACCCUAUCACGGAGUUGUCUUGGCAAGAUUGCCUUCAGGGGGGCCUCAAAACAAAAGGAGGUGCAACUCCCUGGACGGAGUGUGUCUCUUUGCUGUGUGGUGUAUGCCUAUGAAGUUGCAUGCUUUCAUAAUGUGAUGUCUUCACAAAUUGGCUGGGAAGGAGGGCAAUAGAGUUGGGGGAGAUGCCAAGCACACUUUCCAUUUGCUUCAGUUAGAGUCACCCUGAAGCAAGCACUGAAUCCGUUGGGAAGGGAGGGCUGCAUGGAAACCUAUGGGGCUGUGUGUGUUUUGUGCCAAAAAGUCUUCCUUCUGCAUCUCUUCUUCCAUGCCAGAUUGCACAGGAAGAUAGGUGCAGGCUGCCUUCUCCCCCAUUCUCCCCCCCCCCAAUUUUGGGAGAAAAGGUGCCUCUUUUCUUUGCAUUAAAAAUACUGGACCAAGGUGCCUUUGGUCUCUUCGGUGACAUCCUUACAUCUUCUCAGAUGCCCAAGGAGUAAUUUGAGCAGUUUUCAUUGUGACAAAGUCUUGGGGAAAAUGCAAUGGAUAUUUGCAAUUCAGGGCUUAUUCUGUGCAAAAUGUGUGCGUGCGUAAUUAUUUUGCACAAAAAGUAGUAUUUUCUGUGCAGGAAACAAGGCCUUUUCUGUAUCAAAAAUAAUAUAUCUGUGAAGAUUUGUUAUUUUACCUACAGAAAAUGCGGCUUCUUUUGAAGAAAAUGUUGCUGUCUGUGCAAAACUAAACCGAGGGUUUGGGUAUCCCCUUUGGCUUCUUAGCUUGCCCCCCUCCUGCCCCAAAAGGCUGGGUGGGGUUUUGUAUAUAGAAAUGAUAACUGUACAGAGUUUUGUAUAUGCAAACCAUAAAGGAUAACGUUUCCCUUUUAUAUAAGUGUGUAUGUCCGUGCGUGUGUAUGAUAUACCCACAAAAACCACACCAUCAGUGGGUGGAAAGUUUAUAUUUUGCUUCUAAGAUGUAAUUGCGUCGGCAUUUUGUAAUAAAACUCUAGCAAUGACAGGGGAACGACACGCAUCCUUCCAAAGGCUGAGACCCCAUUUUCUGCAGCAAUCAAACCAAACAGUCCAGUUGCCCCUAAUGCAGAAAGGGAUACAGAAGGGCAACCUGGGGCCACUUUUGUGGCCCACAGAUGUUAAAAGCAAUUUUUGUGUGUGCAAAAAUGCCUCAAAUGCCCACAAAUUGUCUAUAGGGAGUAUGGGGCAGCAUCUUUGCCACCCUUUAUGCCCCUGAGGCUUUUUUCAGCAACAGGAGAUGAACAGGAAGGGACUUCAGGGUCAAUACUUGUUGCAAAAAUAGGCAUCUUUGGAAUCUAAAGUAGCCAAAGGACUCUCCAAAAUAUGCUACCUAAAGGGAAUUCAAGGGUACGGUGGAGAUGUAUGGUCCUCACAGGUUUCCUGGGUGUCCAGCCUCCAACCAUUGUCCACUCAUGGCAUACAUUUUCCACCUAGAGGUCAGUGGUAGGAACUUAGAAUGGCUUAAUAUGUUUGCAAUCUUACCUGGACAGGAUGAACAGGUAUGUUUAAGCUCCUCUUGGGCUGGCAUCGAGCGUCCUGCAAGUCCAUGGCUGUCAGGUCCAAAGGUGGAAGAGAAAGGAAUAAAGUUAAUCCCUUGCAUUUGACAAAGAGCUCAGUGGCAUCUGCAAGCUGUCCAUAUACACAAACCUUGAGCCAUCGACCGCCCCUCCGUCACACAAGGAUUGUAGGGUCUUCCAGAGGAAGUCAAGGGGAGAAUUGCAUUUUGGAAAUGAGUGUGAGAAGGAAUCUCUCUCCCCAGAUAUAUAUAUAUAUAUAUAAUUUUUUUAAAAAGACAAAUAAAACACAAACAGAAUGGCCUUGCUUCUUGUUCCCUGCAGGAGUUAAAACUCCACGUGAACGUUGUUUUUAGAACAUAUGUAUAUAUAUUUUAUAUAUCUAUUUCUAAAAUGGA